AUGGAUAUUGUGUCUGCAGCUCGCAUCCUGUAUUACCGGAAUACUAACACACAGCAGCGAUAUGCAAACAGAAGGACAUCUCCAGAAACUCCAGCCGUGCCAAGGUUGUACACUCGAACACUUUUACGGCAACAGGAAUUAGAGAUCCUAAAACUUGUGUUUGCGGCAUGUCAUUACCCAGAUAAGGUGGUUGUUGAGAGUCUUUCGCAACAACUGAAUGUCCCUACGUCUCGUAUACAGGCAUGGUUUAUUAAACGGAGAGCAGCUCGUCGACGCAAGGAAAUAUCUUACAUUGGAAGCAGAAACAACGUGGCCAUAGAAAAUUUGGAACGACCAGCCCCUGUUGUAGAGUCACACCAGAGACAAGCAAACACCGAUACUAAGGGACAAGACAUGAUGAUAAUGGCCACUCAAGGAAUACAAGACCCCGCUGAUAGUGUCCAUCUAGACCUUGACCAGCUUUAUUACAAUGGUGACCUCCACGGGGUCGCGGAAGAGGCCGGAGGUGCUAAACGGCAUGGUUAUCAACAGAAGAACAGCUCAUCUUCGAAAAGAAAAAUCAACGCAGUCAUGGGAAAUUUAGCACAAACAACCCUUGUAAUGCCACCCCUGAGACAAAGAAACACAGAUGCGGAAGGACAAGAUAUGGUGCUAAUGUCCACUCAUAUGGAAUAUGGGGAUUUGGACAUUCCCAAUGUGUUGACGCAGUCCAUGUUGAUUUCCCUGUAUGCUAAUAAGAGAAACACCGUUAUAUGUGUCAUAUGGCGAACUGGGUAG